AUGGCUGACAAAUCAAAACUCCCAACUUCACCAUGCCACGCCUUUGUCACUCUAUAUCUCCAACCUACAAUUUUUCGAUUUCAAUCCGAAAAAGAAGAGAAAAACCUUAGAAAUAAUUAUCGUUUGUUUUGGUUUAUUGAAGAAGAAUGGGUUUCUCCCGAAAAAAUUGAUGCACUGUUGAAGCUUUGGGGGAUCGAAGUUCCGGAUUCUCCCGUUAAAUCUCCUGAGGAGGAUUGCGAUUGCGGGAAAAAAGCGGGACACUGUGAUUGUAUUGUUCAAUGUAAUUUUGAAUACGACAGUGCCGAUGACUAUGAUAACGAUGAGCAGAGGCAGGAGUUUCACCGCUACAAGAAACAAAUUACGGACAGCGAAGGUUUUGAUGUUGAUUUUGUCCCUAAUUUUUCAUUCUUUGGUGGCACCCGUCCCGUUGAUCUCAACAAUGAAAAUUGUGGCUUUGCUAAAUGGGCGAAGCUGAGCGCUGAUUUAGCUAUCGAUCAUCACAAUAAUCAAAGCAAUGACGAGAAUCUUGAACUUUUCAUUAUUGAGAAGGCUAAUUAUCGUGGGACUGUUGUAUUCCUCAUUACUUUGAAGGCCAAAGGUUUGGUUUCGGGAGAUAUCAAAGUCUAUCAAGCGGAGGUGCUGUAUGAUCCGUUUGCAUAUAAUCACAGUGUUCGUUUUCUGAGGCUAAAGACGCGAAAAAAUUCGGAAGAGGAAUGUGCGUAACUGUGUUGUAAUGUUAACUUGUUGAUACACAUUAACUAGUUCAUCAAGUAGUCUCUGGUAUAUACUUUCAAGAAGAAGCUUCAAAAGAGCAAACAAAGGUAGGUGUGAGCAUCAUCCAUUACUGCUCUAAUACUACCCUGGCAGUAAUCAAAAUCGUCAAUAAUUUUUAAUAAGAAUUAUAUGCAUUCGUAGCCCCAAA